GACCCAGGAUCACAGACCCCAGAGACUGCUUGCGAGGCACCAUGUCUCAGCUGUUGCCUCUUCUCCUGUGUGCUGUUGUUGGGUGUUCCCUUCAGGGAGCAGCUGGACAAUCAACCAAUGCAGAGGGCCAAGUGGGUGCGGAUAAAGAUGCACUUAAAGAUGACGUGGCCUUCCUUGUCAAUAGUGUACGGACAAUGGUGAAAGAACAGCAGGAAAGGAUCAUCCAAGAGGACAUUUCGUCUUCAACAGUGAAAGACAUUUCGGACAUCAACGCCACACUGCACAAUCUCAAGAAAGUGAUUGACCAACAUGUACUAGAAGAUACUCGGCCAUGCCCUCCACCUCCUCCUCCCCCACACCGGAGACAUCAUCAUCGUCCUCCUCCUCCUUAUGGCUAUCCUCCUCCUCCACCAUCUUAUGGCUAUCCUCCUCCUCCACCACCUUAUGGCUAUCCUCCUCCCCCACCACCUGAUGGCUAUCCUCCUCCCCCACCACCUGAUGGCUAUCCUCCUCCUCCACCACCUGAUGGCCGUCGUCAUUAUCCUCAUCAUCCUCCUCCUCCACCACCACCUGAUGGCCGUCGUCAUCAUCCUCGUCAUCCUCCUCCUCCACCACCUGAUGGCCGUCGUCAUCAUCAUCAUCAUCAUCCUCCUCCACCACCACCUGAUGGCCGUCGUCAUUAUCCUCGUCAUCCUCCUCCACCACCUGAUGGCCGUCGUCAUCCUCCUCCUCCUCCACCACCUUAUUAACCUUCUGCUGGACACAUCAGUGGAAGGUCUCGAUCCUGGGGACUGAUCUAACAUGGGAAUCUUCUACAUCUUCAGCCGUGCACGGGCAUAAUGAGUCGCAGUACGAAAUAAAUGAUUGAGAAUAUCA